AUGGAACUCUCUUCAUUGACUACGUGGGUAGGCUUCUGUUCAAGCCAAUGUGAAGAAGCUGCGUGGGCUGUAAAUACGUCUCCGAAUGACACACUUCUACAGUCGUCGAGCCCACACGUUGGGACAUCUAAUUCCGAAUCGACUAAUAUAACAGAGUUACCUACUACAAUAAUUGAUGUUAUUCAAAAUGCAGAUAGGGGCGAUUGCAACACUAGCUUUGAUAACCGUCCAAGAGACAUUGACCCAUGCCAACCUGUUGACCAUAAUAGCUCUUCGGCUUCACAAACUGUGAAUGCAUUACCAGUCAUUCGCCGCCAAGACAACAGUCAAGCCAACACCAACUCGACCUACAGGAUAGCGGAUCUCUCUGGCUUAGGUCGGCACAUGCUGGAGUGUGGUAGUCUAUCCUCCUUCUUGCUGCCUGAUUAUGCAGGAUGGAAGCGCCUGAAAACCAGCUUAUGCAAAGACAAGGCUACUUUGGGACAGAUAAAGGAGUUCAGCAAGUACGAGGCUGUUGGGGGUCCAGGCAUCUCUCAUUUGGCUACGGCCUGCAUAGCUGACACACCUCCAGCAGUCAUAUGGCUACUUGCAAAGGCAAGUUAA